AUGUUCUGGCUGGCCGUACUCCUGUUUUCGGUCGUCUACUCGGUCAACCUGUGCCACACGCACUGGGAGCGCUUCCGCGACAACGCCACCGUGCUGAACGUGGAAACGGACUAUCUGAGCUGGCAGUUUCGGCCACCAGCGGCCACCGUUUGCUUUGAUCACGUGACCGAGGCAACGCUGGCCCAGCUCGUCUCGAGAUACUGGAAAGUGACCACGAAUCAUAGCCAUUACCGGUACUAUCGCCAAUUUCUGCUCACGGUCAAUCGGGCUCGGUACGACAAUUUGUGGUCCUUCGAACCGUUCGCGAACGACUCGACGCUCGAAGGCAACGUCAGUUUGAUCGAUUUGGUGCGGGAGCUGCACCAACCGUGGACACCGCCCGGGAAAUCGUUCGCCCCGGUCCUUACGGAGGUGGGCAUCUGUUACUCGUCGACCGCUCUGUACUACCUACAGAGCCCGGACGUCGAAGGGCCGCCAACGGAGUACUUGCGGGCAAGGGCCGACCGUUGCAGCACGCUGGAUGUUUGCCGAGCGAUGGUCGCCUUGAGCCACAGCGACGCCACCCGGAACGAUGUAUACAUCCACAUAGAGGAGGACGUAAUGACGGGCGACAGCCCUAUCCACUAUCUCCUCGGCGAGCACCACAUCGUAAGCUCGGUCCUGUCGGUGGAGCAGAUUGUCGCGUCCAAGGCCGUAAAGCAGCUAUCCAGCCGACGGCGCAAGUGUCGCCUACCGACCGAAGGCCUACAAUAUUUUGACAAUGAAGAUGGUUAA